AUGAAGAUUUGCAUAGCAUCUGAUGUGCAUUGUGGGUAUGGUGAGAACAAGAAGUAUGUCUACGAAGAUUCUUUUGAGGCGUUCGAAGAGGUUCUUAUGAAAGCGAGCUCAGAGAAAUGCGACUUUGUUUUGCUGGGUAAGUUUUAAUACUACUUGAUGAAAGUUUAGGUAACAUCUCGAAGAAUGUCUAUUAUUUUAUUUUAAAGUUGUUUUAAAGGAUAUUCUUUGUUUAGGGGGAGAUUUGUUUCACGAGAACCAGCCAAGUCGGGAUACUCAACUGCGAGUGAUGAGGUUGAUAAGGCAACAUUGUUUGAGUGGGCCUGAGACGUCUUUGAAAGUCAAAUCAAAUGGUGAAGAAACAUUUGCCACAACUUGUUUUAAACGAGCUAACAUUGAGGAUGAGAAUCUGACUGUGUCUAUACCUAUUUUUACGAUUCAUGGUAAUCACGAUGAUCUCAGCGGAAAGGUAAGACAAAUACACUUCAGACACUUUAUUUGUUAAGGUUUACCUUCAUUGGAAUUUAAAUUUAGGGUCAAACAGCAGUCGACUUGUUUCACGAAGCUGGAGUUUUGAAUUUGUUUGGCAAAUUUGAGAAUGUCAAGUACUUCGAAGUGAACCCAGUGCUUCUGGAGAAAGAAAACGAAGACGGAUCUGUGAGUAAAGUGGCAUUGUACGGUAUCAGUUCACAAAGAGACGAUCGGUUGGCACGAGCCUUUCAGAGUAAGCUCAAAGUAUCAUUUAUACUCUUAUCCUGAAUUUUCAAAAAUUAUUUGAAAUGUAUACCUCAUCUGUUACAGGUGGUCAUGUCAAGUUCAACAAGCCAGAUGAUUAUCAAGACUACUUUAAUGUUUUGGUUAUGCACCAGAAUCGGCCGAAACGAUCAAAUUUGCGGACAACCGGCUCUUAUAUUCCGACUGAUUUGUUGCCUGGUUUUAUUGAUUUGGUACUCUGGGGGCAUGAACAUGCGUCUAUUAUUGGUAGGGGCUUGUUUUCCGUUUGACUUUUUAUUUUAGUUACAUUUGAACUUUUCAUAAUAUUUUUUAAAUUUUAGAGCCAGAACGAGUGUUGUCAAAAGAUGGUGAAGAGUUUAGUAUCUUGCAGCCAGGAAGUACGGUUGCGACGUCUCUGUGUCCUGAUGAAGCCAUGGAAAAACAUUGUUUCAUACUCGAUUCAAGAUACGAUGUUAGAGAUCCUGUGAUAACUCCGUUGAAGCUUGAAUCUUGUAGACAAGUGAUAUACGAAGAUGUUGACCUUGAUGGACUUCAUGUAAUGCCGCCUUGUGAACACAUCAGAACAGUGGACAUGGAGGUGAGCAUCUUUUACAGAUUUUGACAGAGUAAUGUGUUAAAGCAAUUUUAGUUUUGUUUUGUUUUUGUUCAACAGCUUUUGAAACGAUUACAUUUAGGACGAACAAUUUUUGCACAACAAGAUGAAGCAGAUUCUGAAAGACGCAGAAGCCAACAGGAACGACCUUCAGCCAGAGUUGCCGCUGGUUCGUCUCCGAGUUCAUUACAACGGACGCUGGAAAGACGUUCCUGUAAGGUGCUUACGGUAAUUUUGAAUACCUGCAUCACUUCUAUCUUCUUUAUCUUUUAGAAUUAGGUUUGAACUUGUCUUUAGUUUUUUUUGUAUGAAUAUAGUAGUAAUGCACUCCGAGUCAGUUAUUAUUGACUUUUUUAGGCUAUUGUACCUCGAAAGUUUGGUCAAGCGUACGUCGACAAGGUAGCGAAUCCAAGUGACAUUAUUAUGCCGAAAACGUAUCGGACUUCUGAGAGAAAAAAAGUUUCUGCUUCACACAUCAAGAAGGAAGAUGAACGGGUCGUCAAUGUGGAGACAUUGGUAAUUACUGUAUAUGUUUGCAAUUUGUCUUGUUGUUACACUGAGCUGGGUUUGUCGAGUUUCAGGCCUGUCGAUAAUGUGUUGUUAUUGUAAAGAUACUAUUAUUGGAUUAUAAAAUACCUUUUUAGGUAAAAAAUCACUUCAAAGCUGUCAAAGGCGAAGACAGAUUGGCGAUUCUGAAUGUGGAAACAAUGAACAAGGCUUUGGAAGAAUACGGCGAUAUAGAGACAACGGUCUACACCAAAGUAGAAAAGAAGUUCAACGAAGCUCUGAAGCAACAACUCAAGAUGUAUGUUCACAAGAUCAACGAGCUGACUUCUGAGUCUGUCGAAGACACAAGUAUCAGAGAUUACAAGGACUUUGAGCAAUGUGUAGGACAAUGUAUAUACAGAGACUUGGAGGAGGAGAGCGAGGACAUCAAGCCUGACAUAGCGAUGAGGGACAUUAAGGAGGAGAAGGAGAAUGUGAGCGACAGCGAGAUUCUCUGGGACUGA